AACGACAUUCCGCUUAGUUGUUGUUUGUGGCGUUUUCUCAAGAUUUUGAUGCAAAAUGGAUGUGGAGAAGAUUUGUCGCACUUGCCUUAGCCUCUCGGGUCCAUUUUUGUCCAUUUAUGAUGGUGAUACUGGCAGCUGCUUGGUCGAUAUGCUGCGCGAAUUCACAAGGACUAAGCCGCGGCGCGAGGAUAAUCUGCCAGCCAGGGUCUGUCUUAGUUGCAUCAGUGAAAUUAACCACUGCUACUCAUUUAAGCUUAAAUGUGAAAGCUCAAACCGAACGCUGCGGCAGCUGCUGCCCAAUGCACUCCCCGAGGAGCCGGAUCAGCCAUCGACAGCAGCCAAGUCCGCAGUGGCUACGUCCGAAAGCUCCGUGCAAACUAAUGCGGUGUCAACAGCCACAACUGAGGCACAAACGGAUGGGGUUGCCACAUCAGAUGCCGCGCAAAACACCAGCAUUGAGGAGCCAGCUCUGCUGGCCAACGAACCUCUGAUAGAUGAGGUGGAGGGACAGGAGGAGGAAGAGUAUGACUAUGAAUUUACCGAAGAGCAAGAAACAGAUGAGACACCGUCCAAGGCGAUCGCCGAGAAUAUAAUAUUGCAUGUGGAAAAAGACAAUAUUAAGUUUGAAACGGAAAUGGUGUACAAUAAAAACACAGGCGAGCUGCUUGAACAGGCGGUGGAAACAGUUGCCAAGCAGAAGGAGUAUAAAUAUCGGCUUGUCAGCAAUGGUAAUGGCGACACAUACAUCUCACCAGAGCCUGCGCCAACGCUCGCGCUGCCUUCGCGCAAAAGUGCCACAAAGCUGCCUAAGGAGGAGCAAUCGACGCAUCAGGAGUCACAGUCAACGUCCAAGCGCAGCGUGCAGCAUCAGUCGGAGGGACAGCUGGAUGAGCCGUCGCCUUCAAAGAAAUCAAAACCCAUUAACUCAAAUGGCACACCUGCAGGUGAAUUGGAUGAGUUGAAGGCCAAGUUCCACUGUGAUCGCUGCAAUGCAGGCUUUGCGCUGGAGAAAUCCCUGAUCAUACAUCGGCGGCAAAAUAGCUGCACACAUCGCAAUUUCAAAUGCAACGAGUGCGAAAGGGUAUUUGUUUCGCUGGAUCAUUUAACCGAGCAUCAGGCAACGCAUGGUGCAUUCAUAUGUCAGGAGUGCGGCUUGCGCUGCGAGUCCAUGGAGCAGCUGGGCAGGCAUAUGGUGCAGACGCACAAACGGAAUCUACGCAAUCAGUGCAAUGUUUGCCAAAAGGUCUUCACCAUGUUGUCCACACUACGAGAUCACAUGCGUAUCCACACCGGUGAGAAGCCAUUUGUGUGCAAAGUUUGCGGCAAAGGCUUUACACAGAAUGCGAAUCUACGCCAGCACAUGAUGCGUCAUUCGGAUAUAAAGCGUUUCAAGUGCGAGCUGUGCAAUCAUUCUUUUGUAACCAAAGCGGAGCUGACCUCCCAUGCGCGCACCCACACCGGUGUCAAGCCGUAUCAAUGUGAGGUCUGCUCCUCCAGAUUCACCACCAGCUGCUCCCUGGCCAAGCACAAGCGCAAGCACACAGGCGAGCGACCCUAUGCCUGUGACUUGUGUCCCAUGCGGUUCACAGCGCUCAACGUGCUGAAGAAUCACCGACGCACGCACACUGGCGAAAGGCCCUACGUUUGUCCCUUUUGUUCCAAGAGCUUUACGCAACGUGGCGACUGCCAGAUGCAUCAGCGGACGCAUCAGGGCGACAAGAUCUACAUAUGUCCUGUGUGCAGCGAGGAGUUCAAAACGAUGACAGAUAUGCGCACGCAUCUGACGAUGCACGAACAGGACGACAAGCGAUUGGUGCAUUUCACCCUGCUGAGCAACAAGGAGAACGGCAAUGCGGCGCUAGAGGAGGCGGACGAGGAGUCGGAUGCAACCGAUUUGCUUUAGGUGAUGGAGGCGCCGGCAGCGGCGGUGGCUACUUUUCCCUGUGGGAAUUUUUAAUACGCUAGGUCUUAAGAUGGGAUGUUCCAUAGAUUAGAGCUGGAAAAUUAUCGACAGAGCUGAUACUCUCGAUAUUUAACGUUAAGGGUUUCCAGUGUAAACGGAUUAGGGGGCUUUAUACUCGGUACUUAUCAUUUGUUGGAGCUGUCAAUUGUUACUAUCGAUAUUUAGUAAAAGGCAUAGAAAAACAUAUGUUCAUAUCCUAAAGCUACAUAAAUAACUAUUAGGCUCGCGGUGUUUUAAGCACAAAAAAAUACAAAACAUAUAUGUAUAUACAAACAGUAGUUUAUGCUCUGAUCAGUUGAUCGAUCAGUUGAGCUGUCGCUAUAGAUGUUUCACACAGGGUUAAUCAAGAAAUAAAUAACCUAUCGAUCGUUCAAGCUGUAAUUGGAGCUAGUAUCGGGGUAUGGACAAACGGAGUGUUUAGUGUAUACAACUUUUCGAGGCUCAUUAACAUUCUUUUUUAUAUUAAAUGUAAAAGUUCUUAUGAAACUAAAAA